UCUUCUGCAGACCUCCUUGCUACUACCCAUCCCAAACGCCAAUAUGUGCUACUCUUCGUCCCAUUCAUCCUCGUCCUCCGUCAUGGUCAACUACCAGACCGGCACCGAAUUCUCGUCUAAGUCGUUCGCCCAGGAGACGACGACUCCCGUCAAUCAAGCCGGAGGAUCCGCUCCUCAAUGCUGCCACUGCGGCUGGCGCGGGGCCCAUGCUCCCAACUGCCCAUUCAAGUAGAUCAUGGAGCUGAAACCUAGAUCCCACGAAUCAUUUUUUUUCUUUGUCCUAUCACAUUCCCCCACCACGCGUUCGGGCGUCGUUUCCAUCAUGACAUCAUAUUCAUCGCCUCUGCUGUCUGUAUCUUACCCGCACCCGCUUUCUUGUUUCGUCCUAGCCAUGCUUGCCUAUCUUACCACCAGCUACUCACCGUUAUAUUUAUUCACAUACCCUACAUAUACGAGGAGAAGAUGGAGGUGUCGAAGUAAUAGUCCUGGUCGUGAAUAAUUGUAUACAUUCUCUCUUUCCGCAUUCCGUGUUCCGUCGCCAAGAUGAAUUUCAUUAUUGAUGGAUUAUCCGUGGAGUGGGAGUCGUUUCGUCAUGGUUACCCCUGCGGUGCCUGGACCCCGCUUCCGUCAUUGAGGAGAGCAUGAGGU